UGACGUCUGACAUCUGACAUCUGUUUAUUGAAUUUAUCGAACGAGUGGUUAAUCGUUGUCGUUUGAGGUUAUUUUUGUGUUUACAUUAAACUACAACCGUGCAUUAAACAGACAGUUACAGGAUCCAAGAGCAUAGAAAUAGAAAAUUACAAUAUUAACAAUGGACGUAUAUAUUAACGGUAUACUAACCAGCAAUGAAGCCAGUUCCUCGGAAGCUUUACAGAAGUUUGUUGAAGCCGCAUCGCAAGUAUUUUCGUUCCCAGAACUCAACAAAAAUAAUCAGCGAAAGCAACUGUGGGACGCUUUAUUUACUUUAGCAAGUUCAACCGAAAAUAACACUGUGUUAAUGAAUUGUUUCAUUGCCAUUCGCAUCCUCAGUCGCGAAAAAACGGACCUAAACGAACUGAUGACAGAUAAAUGGUUCAACUUAAUCCAAAUUCAUUCAGGCCUAGGUACACCAGAUGUAAUUUUCGAAAAUGAAAAGUUACAGGUGGCUGUCGAAGUCCAAAAAUGUUUAUGUAACUUAAUUUUCAAUAGUUCGGUGGUAGCCGCACAGUGCUGCAAGAACGGAAUAUUGCAGCAAAUAACGGAGCGCCUGAAAACAUGCGAAGAGAAAAAGUUACCAGAACAGAUUAAAUUUUUUCAUGUUAAACAGCUUUUUUUAUUAACGGCACUAUGUGGAGAGAUUCGGAACAGAGUGAGGACCGAAAUGAAUGGGACUAUCUCGUUGAUACAAAUACUGGAAGUAACUUUGAAAAGAGCAGCUGAGCAGGCGACGUCAGGAAAUAUUGCAUUAGAUGAUGAAAAAGUUGACUUAGUUUGUGAGGUACUUAAGGCUUUAUUUAAUUUAACACUGAAUUGUUAUGGUAAUACUAACGACGAAGAGGAAGAUAAACAAUGUGAACAUUUGGUAGUGUUACUACGAAUGUAUCUUCUUAUGCCUACAAACAGUAAAGAAAAGUCUGUAGCUGUUAAAAGUAACGUUAUUAAUUUAUUAACUAAUAUUCAUAAUGAUUACUACAAGAAUCUCGUGACUCCGUUACAACCAGAACAAAAAGUCUCGAACAAGUUUACUUACGACGGAAACAAUAUGACUGCAAUUUAUGAACUGUUGAUGUUUUUGAAAAAUCAGUUAUCAAAUGAUUCUGGUGUCUCCAAACAGUAUGAAACUUUAUCUCCUUCCAUUAGUGUAAUAUUAAAGUGUGCUAUCAGUGAACGUUCAAUUAGAAAAUAUCUACGAAUGCAAAUACUGCCACCACUGAAGGAUGUACACACCCGGCCUGAGCAGGGUUCAACUCUUCGGAAUUAUCUUUGUCGUCUUUUGACAACGCCAAUAACACAAAUUAGGGAUCUAGUGGCUGAACUAUUGUUUGUUUUAUGUAAAAAGAGCGUUAAACGAAUGAUAAAGUAUACUGGUUAUGGCAAUGCUGCUGGGCUUUUUGCCCAGAGAGGCCUCUUGGGUGGCAAAUCUGAUAAAGAAGCGGCCGACUUUAGUUCUGAUAGUGAAGAUAGUGAAACUGAGGAGUAUGCCGAAUUUAAACAUGGAAUAAAUCCUGUAACUGGCUGUUAUGAAGCACCGCAUCCAAGUGUGAUGGAAGAUAUGACUGAAGAGCAGAAAGAGUAUGAAGCUAUGAAAUUAGUGGAGUUGAUGCAUAAUUUAACCAAAUGUGGAGCUAUUCAACCCUGUAGAGUAGGCGAAGAUGGUAAACCACAUCCAAUUGAACAUGUAUUGCAAUUGCAAGAAGGUCUAAGAGCACAACAAAUUAACAAUGAUAGUGACAGCGACUAAAUUUAGUAGUUCCAAUCAGUUUGAAAAGUGUGAUUUCAUUCUUGUUGCAUGCUGACACUAAUCUGUCUCAAAAUAAGUUAGGUAUUCUAAUCCAAGAAUAUGUAUGUUUCAAAUUUUUACAAGUAUGUAGUGUCUUUUACUACAUACAGUUGCAUUUUCGAUAAAGAUAGUGAGAAUCAUCUUGUGUACCUUAUUAUGUUUGUAAUAUAUUUUUUAUUUAAACAAUUUAUGAAAAUAUAUGUGUUUACAUUAUAUGUUGUACUUAUAAUCGGUAAUAAAACACAGUAAAUUAA